AUGUCAGGAAACAGGUUGAGGACAGCGAGAGUACUAUCAGUGAUUGCAGCCACUCUUAUAUCACUGGCAUGCGGGACUAAUUAUGCGUACUCGGCAUGGGCACCAGCAUUUGCAGAAAAGUUGAAGCUCUCCUCAACCCAGAGCAAUUUGAUUGGUACAUUCGGCAAUCUGGGCAUGUACAGCGCCGGCAUCCCGAUAGGUCUACUGGUUGAUACAAGAGGUCCUCGGCCAGGCGCUCUCUUGGGUGCCGUGUCGUUGGGAGUGGGCUACUUCUCGCUAUAUAGAGCAUAUGAUGGAGGUCCUGGUUCAAUAUCGUUGCCGUGGCUAUGUUUCUUCGCUUUUCUGACAGGCGUGGGGGGUUGCGCUUCUUUCGCAGGCGCUGUCAAGACAUCCGCUUUGAAUUGGCCGGAUCACCGUGGUGCCGCGACCGCCUUUCCCCUAGCAGCCUUCGGCCUGAGCGCCUUUGUCUUCGCAUCCGUAUCGUCCUUAGCCUUCCCGGACAAUACUCUAGAUCUGCUCCUCUUGUUAGCCAUCGCUACGUUCACGAUCCCUUUCAUCGGUAGUUUCCUCCUUCGCAUUGUGCCAGUCCCGCAGUCUUAUGAUCCUCUGCCCGGCUCACUCGAACGAAGCGGCUCGGAUGCCUCAACAUUACUUCAACGUUCCAAAUCUGAAGACAGUAGGCACAUCGUCCGUCACUUGUCUCAUGAACCAGAUAUACGAGGUUUAGCGAUGCUUUCACACACGAAGUUCUACCUACUAUGGGUGUUAAUGGGCCUAUUGACGGGCUUGGGCAUAAUGACGAUCAACAAUAUCGGAAGCGAUGCUAGAGCGCUAUGGCAUCAUUACGACGACAGUGCCUCCUCAGAAUUCGUACAAGAACGACAAUUGAUGCAUGUCGAGAUCCUCUCCUUCAUGAGUUUUUGUGGACGGCUCGCCAGCGGUAUUGGUUCCGAUAUCAUUGUCAGGAAGCUGGGAAUGAGCCGUUUUUGGUGCCUCUUCAUAUCCAGCACAAUUUUUCUUUUCGCCCAAGUUUGCGGGACCCAAAUUGAUAAUCCUCACCUUCUUGGCUUCUUGUCUGGUUUGACCGGCCUAGCCUACGGUUUCCUCUUCGGCGUCUACCCAGCACUCGUUGCAGAAACCUUCGGCGUGAAUGGCUUCAGUCAAAACUGGGGCAGCAUGACGCUUGCGCCUAUUGUCUUCGGUAACAUCUUCAAUCUGGUCUACGGCCACAUCUAUGACCGGCAUUCGAUCAUCCUACCUGGCGGGCAGCGAGAUUGCAAAGACGGGUUGUACUGUUAUCGUAACGCGUAUUUUGUCACGCUGGGGGCAAGCUUGGUUGGCGUGGGAAUAAGCCUUUGGAGUAUACACCACGACUGGAUCGCAAACUUGAAGAAGCGUAAAGAGAGGGAGAGAGCACGUGAGGCUUGA